ACUACCAAAAAAGAGAGACAUAAACGGAGAGAUAAAAAGGAGCAGAGAAGAAGACCUCCACUGGCAUUGGCCAAUUCCAAAAGCGAAAGCAGAAGCCAACCAUUAUAACCACCCAAAAUCGAAUCCCCCAACCAAAAAAGAAGCAACAAGAAGAAGAAGAGAGGAGAAAGUGAGAGUGCACACACACUAUAGCAUAGCACUACUCUCUUCUUCUUUAGGAGAGAGCACACAGUUCCAAGAAAAGCUCUGAGCUUCUUCCAUCGAUCUCUCGGCCAUGGCACGGUGGCUACAGCUGCCGUGCAGCCUCCUGCUCGUCAUCAUGCUCGUCGCCGCCACGGCCGCCGCCGCCGACGUCGUCGUCCGCGACGACGAGAAGUGCGCCGCGUGCGGCCUGCCCAGCCCCUGCGGCACGACGUGCACGUACGCCAGCCCGCCGCCGCCCGACGUGCUGCCGACUCCGGUCUACUACCCGCCGCCGCCGCCCGUCUACUACCCCCCGCCGUCCCCGCCGCCGGUGGCCUACCCUCCGCCGACCACGCCGUCGACCAACUGCCCGCCGCCGCCGUACGGAGGCGGAGGCUACAACCCGACGCCGAGCUACAACCCGACGCCCGGCUACAACCCGACGCCGUCGGGGUGGUUCACGCCGCCGAACAUGCCGUCCUACCUCACGCCGCCGGGGACGCUCUACCCGCAGGACCCCGGCUUCCGGCCCAACGCGGCGGCGGGCGGCGCCGCGUCGUGGCGCGCGGUGGUGCUCGCGGCGGCGGCGGUGGCCGGAGCCUUGGCCUUGUGAUCGGCGACGUAUGGUAAUUAAUUACACGGCGUUUUUAAUUCCCUUUAUUAUGUGUUCAUAAUAAGAUUAGAGGAGAUAUAUUCCGGUAAGAUAAUCUCUUUUUUUUUUCGUUUUUACGGUUCAUGUUCACGUUGUUGUUGUUGUCGUCAUCGUCGUCGGCAAAUUAAUUGUUCUUGUCAUGUAAUGUUUGUUGAUCGAUCCCUUUUGGUGAUAGGAAAGAUGUACAUCAGACUCUGUAAUAAUCCAUAUAUAUGUCUAAUCAAAUUUCAAUUACAUGUGGCAAUUAGCUCAUA